AUAAAACUCGUACACUUGUCAGUCAGUCUCAUCAUCAUAGUGAUACACGGUCAUCAAAAUCACAGUACAAAAUGAGACGAGCAAUACUUUCACUCUGUUUAGCGUUAACUUUUACUGCAGUGUUUUCGGCAAGGCCUGACAGGAGCAGGUUAAUUGAAUGGGUGAUCUAAAAUUGCAUGCGAACGAGCCACCAUACCGACAGUCCUCAAACUAAACCACAACUAAACAGACUAAAAUGACGAUUUACUUCUUGUAUGAUGGCUCUCAUGUUGGGGAAAAACAAGCAGAUCGGAGUGGGGUCCAUCCAACCACAAUGUGUAUCUAAGUUGGUUUAUUGACCGUGGUCAGAAACAUUAGUUAAGAAUUACUUAAAAAUUAUUUCGAAAAUAUUUGUCAUGAAGAAAUAAUGAGAAUUUGAAGGUUAUCGUAAUUUGGUAACAAGUUUGGUAACAUGCUACCUGUACCUGACGUUGAAACUGAGUCUCAACAACCUCACAGAAUUUUAUACAUAAAAUACAUGCCUUGUAUGUGUUGUAUAUAACAUUCUAGUGAUGGUGGUGAUGAGUGAUGACGUAAUGUUUAUGUUCUCAACCAAAUCAAAACAUCACGUGGCUUGCAUUCUCGCUGAACAAAGAGCAAUGGUACUCCCUCUGCUUAUAUUAAUAAAACUCUAUGGUUUUCGGUAAGUGUUAAAAUCCGACUCCUUAUUUUUGCAGCUUUUGAAAUAUGUAAUUUCAUAUUUUUAAGGGAUCCAACCCUGAAGUAGACGAUUACGACCACGCCCAUCAACCCGGUUAUCCAGUCAUAAUUCCAAAUCAGCGAUACGUGAGGGUACACUCCGCAGAAGUUACAGAGAUCGGAAGCCUACCCGCACCAACAACGUCAGGUCAGCAUGAUCCACAAUGGGGUGACCAUAAUGACCAUAAUGACCACGAUUCUGCAUCUCACGGUCACCAAAAUGGACAAAAAGAACAACUCGGCGUUACGGGGAGUUGGCAUAUGCCAACAAUUCAGAAAUAUGGGUUUCCACCAAAGUGCAUAGACCUCUAUCCGAAGGACGACAUUCCAAUCGAGGCUACACGCUGUCUUUACCUUGCCGUGAUAACUUUAAAGUCGCUCAAGGUUGGUCACGAAGUGCAAAAAUAUGCCCAUUUUAAAAUGUCUCGAAAGAUGGACAAAACUUACGGAUAUGUUGCCCUUGGGUUAUCCAAGGAUGAUAAGAUGGACGACGAUCACAUCGUUGAAUGCGUCAAACCACGAGACUCCGUCCACCCUCGGAUGUAUCACUCGUGGUCAAAUUUCCACAGCAUGCCGACUCGACUAGCAGACAAUUCACACAUUAUCAAAAACAAGACGGAAAUAUAUGACUCGAAAACCAACGUUUUGACGUGUGAAUUUGACAGGCCUUUAAUCACGAUGGUGGAAUAUGUCAAAGGUUCUGGCCCCGUGAAGCGAGCCUUGUUCGACUUGACGAAGGAAAAGUACAAAAUUUUAAUGGCUGUGGGCGAACCAGCAAAACCAGAUUCCGAUGUGCUUGGACAACAUGGACCUCGGAAACUGGGAACAGUCUCCAUUUUUGACCCGGAUGAAUAUUACUAUCGCCGCUCAUCGGCGCCAUCCCCGCUGCAAAGUGAAGAAUUAUUAACGGUCUUUAUUAUGCUUUCUCUUUGUCGUUAUGUCAUGUUGUGAUUUUUAUAAAGAAUUUGAAAUUAGA